UUCAGAUUAAUGGUCAUGGAGAACGGGAGAAACACGUCAGCAGAUCUUAAGUCGGAGGAAGUGCCGCUGCACCAUGGCCAUCACAAGGAGAUGCAUUUCACAGCGGGAGAGGUGGUGAGAGAUGUUAUAAUUGGCAUGUCCGAUGGCCUCACCGUCCCCUUUGCUCUUGCUGCCGGUCUCUCCGGCGCCAAUGCUUCCUCAUCUAUCAUCCUCACUGCCGCUCUUGCUGAAGUGGCUGCUGGCGCCAUCUCCAUGGGACUUGGCGGGUAUCUUGCUGCCAAAAGUGAUGCUGAUCACUAUAUGAGAGAACUCAAGAGAGAGCAAGAGGAGAUCAUCACUGUCCCUGAUGAAGAGGCAGCUGAGGUUGCAGAGAUAUUAGCAGAAUAUGGGCUUGAGCCUCAUGAGUAUGGGCCGGUAGUGAAUGCCCUUCGGAAGAAACCCGAAGCAUGGGUUGAUUUCAUGAUGAAGUUUGAACUGGGGUUGGAGAAACCACAGCCAGCGAGAGCAGUGGAAAGUGCACUAACGAUUGCACUCACCUACGUAACAAGUGGCUUAGUCCCCCUACUCCCAUACAUGUUCAUUUCAACUGUGAAAAAGGCAGUCCUCACGUCUGUGGUUGUCACCUUGCUUGCAUUGCUACUCUUUGGCUAUUCAAAAGGCCGCCUUACAGGCAACAACCCCAUCAAGACUGCCUUCCACACUGCCUUGGUUGGGGCCAUCGCCUCCGCUGCUGCUUUUGGAAUGGCUAAGCUUAUAUAAUCAUAAUCAUGCAUCAAACAAUAUCAAAUA